AUGAUUUUGUUUAGUAUGAGGAUGAAAUGUGAAUCGGCGCUGUCCAGGUGGCUUUCCACGCGAAGUGGUGUUGUAAAAAUGAAGAACGGUUGUCUAUCUGAGUGUUUCUACUGUUCGUCAAAAACUAAUGGCGAUGUUCCGAUCGUGAACACUUUCAGUGGUCGCAUGUUGAUAAGCCGUGUCUGGUGCGCUCUGCCAACGCGCCUGCAGUCCGGAACGUGUGGGGCCGAUGGUGACCUUGGGGAUGCAUCACUCUCUGCACAUGUACUUUUGGGCGCUUCCCGACAUUUUAUCGAGCUUAAAUUAGCAUGUGACGUUUUCAACACAUAUCUGCUCGAUUACUGUUGUGACUUGGUGGACGAUCAUGCAACUCUGUAUCGGUCCGUUGGCUUCCUGCUCCGCCCACUAUGGCGUACCAAAAGACACGGUAGCUCUACACAGCCCUUUAUGGAGAAAAAGAAAAAUUAUUACAGCUGUAUUUAUGGAGUAGUCACAGAGUGUUCCACAAAGUCGUGCCAGAAUCUCCGUGAGGGGACGAGAAAGGUCGAGUUAAGUUAUAUUAACACCCAAAACGAAGUCAGGAACACUUGUACAGCGCUUCAUGUAUAUAACGUGGUAAUAACUUUCUGGAAAUUCCGAUGCGUUCUGGAUGCGGCUUUGGCAAACGGCAUUCGGCCAAUACUGGGUCAUGAUUGGCUGUUGGGCCCAGACUUUCUACCAAUCAGAUCUCGGCUUGAUUCCGGACCGGCAAGCGUCCCGAAUUUUUGGCCAGUCUUGCGUGGGAUGGGCUUGUCGGCCGUGGCAGCACCUGAGUGCGAGCGGUCAAGAAGGAUGCGUGUGGAGUUCCGCCUAACACGGCGUGGAGUGAAAAGUAAUGAAACGAUUCAACAACUGGUUCACUGCCGCCUACAUUUAAACAACCAUCAAAGGUGCGCAAAGUCUAGUAACACUCAGAACCAGGUGAAAAAACAUGCGUACACCACGUCGUAUAUAAAGUGUAUCCUGCGACAAAAUUCUGGAAAUUCCGACGCCUUCUCAAUGCGCCAUUGGUUCGAGAUAUUCGGCCAAUACUGGAACAUGACUGGCUGUUACGUUCAAGCUUUCGACCAAUCAGAGCUCGCCCUGAUGGCCGACCGGCAAGCGAACCGAAAUUUCAUCCAGUCUUGUGUAGGAUAG